CACUAACUCUUAGCAUCCUUAAGGCUCAACUUCACCUCAAAAAAAAAAAUGUACUGACCAACUCUUUAUCUUUUCAAUUCCUCUUUAAACUCCCUCCAUCCUUUUACUCUUUAACUUUGAUUAAUUUCACAUUUAUUUCCACAUAUCUUCUGCUCAUCUUAAGCCCUCCCCAUUCCUCCCAGCUACCUUCCAAGCAGUUCCCAUUUCCAACAACCCAGUCUUUGUUACCUCCUUCGAGCUCAAAUGUCAAGCGUGCAGGUCUUCGGAUCACCGGCUUCGGCCGAGGUUGCUCGGGUUCUGGCUUGCCUCUUUGAGAAGGAAGUUGAGUUCCAACUCAUUCGCACCGACACCUACAAAGGCAAACAAAGGAGGCCAGAUUAUCUCAAGCUACAGCCAUCAGGCGAAUCUCUGACGUAUGAAGAUGGCAAGACCACUAUAGUUGAUUCAAGGGCUAUAUGCCUGCACGUAGCGGACACUUAUGCUGAGCAAGGUAACAAGGACUUGCUGGGGAGAGGAAGGCUUGAAAGGGCAUCCAUAGAGCAGUGGCUGAGAACAGAGUCACAGAUCUUCGACCCGCCAAGCUCCACACUGGUAUUCUAUCUGGCAUUUGCACCACUACAGGGAAUUGAAAAAGAUGAAGAAGAGGUGCAGAAGAGCAAGAAGGAAUUGGAGAAGGUGCUUGAUAUCUACGACAAGAGACUGAACGAGAUGAACUUCUUGGCUGGGGAUAAGUUCACUCUGGCGGACCUUGCACAUCUUCCAAACACCCACCGGCUUAUGACCAUGGUGCCGGAAUGUGCCGACAUGUUCAAGGAGCGCCCCAACGUGAUGAAGUGGUGGGAGGCGAUCUCAGGCCGACCCAAGUGGAUUAGGGUGGUGGAUUUGCAGAAGGAAGCACCGGCAGUUGCUUGACUGAGGAUACAGAACAAAUGGGGAGGAUGUUUGUGCUUGAGAUCCUUGUGGUAGAACAAUAUAUCGCUUGCAUUUUUUUUCAUAAAGUUUGCUUUUUUACUGCGUGGGAGUGUUCCAUUAGUGAAUUCUAGCUAUGAUGGAUUUAGGAAUGUGCUGCUUUGUUUCUGUGUGGCGUCAGGGUUCUAUGUUCCACUGUUAUUCAUAGGAAUGUGACUGCUUAUAUUGAGAUGAUCAGAUGAUGAUGAACAAUUUAUGCUGUUUGCAAGCUUGAUAAUUUCUUAGCAGGGAGUAAACAAGAAGUUGAAAGCAAAAAAUUUCUUUU